UGCGUAAUCUCCAAAACCAUAAACCCCCGUAACCUGACGCCAGUCUCCGCCCUUGCUCUCCCAUCUCAAACUCUAAACCCUAAGUCUCCAAUGGACGGCCAGGAUUCCAUCUCCGACCAACCAAUUGUCUCCCCACCAGCACCGCCGGCACAACCCGAACCCGAGUCCACCCAACCACCCGCCCCCGUACCCGAACCCGGCGAGAAGCGCAAACAACCCGAACCCGACUCCGCCCCGACCCCACCACCGCCGGAAAAGUCAAAGCACCCGCUGUGGAAAACGAGUUUGUGCUCGUACUUUCGUCGAACAGGUGGUGAGUGUAGCCACGGCGAGACGUGUCGAUAUGCGCAUAGCGAAGAGGAGCUGAGACAACGGCCGGAUAACACGUGGGACCCGACAUCCGAGAGGGGGAAGAAGAUGAAGGUUGAGAACGGGGAGAGUGUAGAGGUCAAGAGAGGAACUGAUGAGGUUUCGAUUACCGAGGCGAUUGGAGAGGAUUGCUGUUCUGACAAUGUGUUGGAGAAGUGUUUAAUUAAUUUGCCGAUGAGGUGGAGUUCUGAUAAUUUACGCAGCUUCCUUACUGAUAAUGGAGUUCACUUUAAAUCAGCCAAGAAGAGGAAGGGCAUGCUUGUUGGAUUUGUGAGUUUUGAGACCGCUGAACAAGUGAAAAGUGCAGUUGAGGAGUUGAAUGGCAAAUCCAUUGGGAACAAGGAUCUGAAGAUUGUAGAUGCCACCCCGAGGGCCUAUGAGAAAAGGAAAGCAGGGGAAAUUUCUCUCCCACAGAGUACUCAAAAUACUUCUGAAAACUCGGACGCCCCCAAAUCUUCUAUUGGUGUUGAUAACACUGACUCUAAUGAUGACAAUAUGACUGUGGAGAGUACAGUCUCGAAGAGUAGAAGUGCACGUGACUCAGUGACACCACUUGCUCACAUGUCCUAUGUUGAUCAGCUGGAGCACAAGAAGAGUUCUUUAACUCAAAUGCUUAAGAAACUAACUCGAAAUGCACGUAAAGCAUGUCCAAAUGGCGUUUCACUUCCAGAAUGGAUUCUUAAUUCUAGGGAAAUCGGUGGCCUUGCAUGCAAGCUUGAAGGUAUAGUUGAAUCACCACUUGUUAGUGGUUACCGAAACAAGUGUGAAUUCUCUGUUGGCUAUUCUUUACAGGCUAAAGUUACUGUUGGAUUUUCGCUUGGAAAUUUCAGGGAGGGUGUGAUAGCAGUUGAAGAACCUCUGAAUUGUCCAAAUGUUUCAAAAAUUGCCUGUAAAUAUGCCGCCAUAUUUCAAGAAUUUCUGCAGCAUUCGGAGUUACCAAUCUGGAACAGAUUAAAUAACACUGGAUUUUGGCGUCAGCUCACUGUCCGAGAAGGCAGGAAGCCUGGGCAGAGCACUGAAGUUGAAGAUUCUGAAGCCCAUAUUGCGGAAGUCUUGCUCAUGGUUCAGAUCUGUUUUCUUGUCUUGUGUGUGAGUUUUCAGGUUUCCACAGCAGGAUUUGAUGAUGGAAUGGUAAAUGGUGAAUUCGAGAAGAUGACUAAUGCAUUUGCUACAGGAGCUUCAGCGAAUACUCCUCCAUUGCCUCUAACUGCUUUGUUAAUUCAGGAUCAUACCGGAAUAUCAAACGUAGCUCCAGCGGAUGCGCCAUUGCGCUCUUUAACUAUUCCAAAUGAAAAGAGUGAAACUAGACAAGACGAUGUGAAAGAUGUUGUGGAAGCAAGGAUUCAUGAUUAUAUUAGCAAUCUUCAGUUUUGUAUAUCUGCAACAGCUUUUUUCCAGGUGAACACCCUUGCGGCAGAGAAGCUCUAUUCUCUUGCUGGGGAUUGGGCUGGUCUGGGUCCUGAUACCUUGCUCUUUGAUAUCUGCUGUGGCACGGGUACCAUUGGCCUAACAUUAGCUCAUCGUGUUGGUAUGGUUGUGGGGAUUGAGAUGAAUGCCUCAGCUGUUUCAGAUGCUAUUCGCAAUGCUGAGAUUAAUGGGAUAAAGAACUGCAGAUUUGUCUGUUCGAAGGCAGAAGACGCGCUGGGGUCUCUUUUGAAAGAGUAUUUAAAAAUGCAUCAGAAACCCGUCGAUGUUCCACAAAUUGAUGAUGUUACAGUUCAUGGGGAAGUUACUCAUACUGAGAAUGCAACAGACACAAAAGAGAACUUGAUCAUUGAGCUAGAAAAUUGUGAUGGUGCCCCCAAGUGUGACACAAAUGGAGGCCAGAAAAGUGAUUCACAACAGAGUUGCAGUUCAGCAACUGCUAAACCUGUGCAGUAUUUUAAGAAUGUUGUUGCUAUUGUUGAUCCUCCGCGUGUUGGACUUCAUCCUACCGUGAUUAAAGCUUUGAGAACUCAUCCACAUUUACGGAGGCUUGUAUACAUAUCUUGCAAUCCUGAAAGUUUAGUGGCCAAUGCUAUUGAGCUAUGCACACCAUCUUUUGAUAAAACUGAAAAGGGGAAUAAAAAUAAUAGAGGUUGGAGAAAUAUGAGCAGUGCUGGUUUGGCACGCCAUCGUGCCAAAUCUAUGCCCAAUUCAGAGCCUUUCCAGCCAAUAAAAGCAAUGGCGGUUGAUCUUUUCCCUCAUACUCCGCAUUGUGAGCUGGUUAUGCUUUUGGAGAGGUAAGAUACACUCAUAAGCUAUGUUAUGUGGCAGAUUUUUGAUAGAGUUUGGAUGCAGAACCAAUAAUUGUUUAUUUGUUAAAAUGUUGCUAUAAUAUUUUAUUAUAAUGAAAAUUUAUUCCUUCAUGCGUAAAAUAA